GAACUUGUACGAGGACAGACCCAAACUGACGUGAAAUCAAACUUCACGUUGUCAUGGCGACAGAUUUACCGUCUGGAUCUAACGGAGAGUGUUCACAAGCAUCAAAUCUUUCAGAUUUGUGUCUAAGAAUCAUGAAUAUUUGUGUUUUUUCUGAUAAUAUUGAGUUUGCAGAUGUCUGGAUUUACAUUCAGAUUCAGUGGAUGACCUUCAACCAGAUCAUCGUUUGGUUCCUGGACCUUUACUUUGAUGUUUUGGAUCAGUUUCAGGGUCAAAGCAGCAGCAUUGUUCAGGUUCUGCUGCAGGAAGAUGAACUAAAGGAGAACCAGAGACACAGCAGAACACGUGACGGUUGUUGGAGACCAGGAGCACCAGAGGAAGUUCUCGGGUUCUGGCUGACCUCGUCUGACUCCGCUGGUUCUGCUGGACCGGUACGGCGUUCCACUCCCACAUCAGCCGUUUCUGCGUCCAUCCUGGUGAUCUCUGGUCCUGUAAAUCCGCCGUUCUGUUGCAGCCCGUUCUCGCCCUCUAAAGCCGGCCCAGCCCACGCCGAGCGCCGCGUUCCUGCCGGGAAACGGAUGAGGAACACAAACAAGACGAGCAGUAAUGUGCUCAUCCAUAAGGCGCCGUGCAAACAUCCCAUAAUGACCGCUGGCGUCAGAGUCCAAGCAGAGAUUAGCAUUGAUCAUUACAGCCCAUCACGCUCUAAUGAGCCCCACUUAGCUCUGGCGGCUAGUUACCGCAGACGGAUUCCACCCGCGUGUCAAAGAGCUCCGGAUGCUCCGGCAGGUCCGGGCGGCGUUCCGGAGCGAAGGUCACCCAGAGGUGAACCGGAAUGUGAAACACGUUUCCUCACUCAGGCAGGUUCGGAUUAGCCUUCAGCUACACGCUGGUGGAGAAGAACGAGAAGAUGCGGUCCUUCUCCAGUGAGGGGGGGGGGCAUUUCCAGCGGGUGGGGGCCGAGGUCGGAGCUGCUCAGAAAUCCUGUCCUGAGGGCCUGAACGUCACCUCGGAGAAAAGAAACUCUGUUUUCCAGCUCCGCUGACAGCAGCAGAGUUUACAUUCAGACCUCGUCAGAAAACCACUUCCACCGAUUCUUCUGAAACAAACAACAACAGACGGUUCUGCCGCUAAGGAACUCCAGAGAACCUUAAGGAGAACCAUCUUCUACUAAUGGGGGAAAGCAGAGACCAAAAAGAAAACAACCAGAACUGAUCCAGGAGAACGAGGUCAACUGAACUCAGUCCAGGUCAGAGUUCAUGAUCCAGCAUUAGGAACACCAGAUGAUCCAUAAACAUCUGGAAUGAACUUCAGAUCAUUAGAAUAAAUCUUUCUGGAAGGAGAGCGGCAUGAAAGAACCUUUAGAACUCAAGGCCCGGGGGCCGGAUCCGGCCCUCCAGAUCAUUUGAUUUUUUGUUAUCAAGAUAAUGUUGUUAUCUUGCACUAAGUUCCAUCUUGUAUCAUUUUGACAAAAUAUAUUUAAGGUUUAAGUUGAUUUAUUCUGGAAUCAUAUUCCUGCCUUAUUAUUAUUAUUGUUGACUUUGUUGUUUUUCAUGUUCGUCCCGUCCAGCAGGUGACCCACAGAACACCCCACCCCCACAGUGGGAGGAGCCUCAUCUGUUUCCCCCUGAAGCUGCCUCUCUAUGGAGCUAUAAUAGAGCCAAUAUUAUUUGAAACCCAAUAAAUCAUUUUCAAAAAGUCUUGGAGUUUGGCCAA